AUGGAGAAGGUAAAGAUGUCAAGCUGCAGAUACAAUGGAACCACAACACCCAAAAGCCACAUAUCAGCUUUUGAGAACCAUAUGGUACUUAACACUAUGAUCGACUUAGUCUGGUGUAAGGCUUUCCCGCCGACCCUGGAGGGGCUGGCAGCGGAGUGGUAUGGAGCCAUUCCCAAAUGUUCCGUAUACUCGUACAACCAGCUACAGAGAAUGUUCAUGGAGCAUUUCAUAACCCUGGUAGACCGAACUAAGAUGACAACCAAGCUGAUGUCAUUAGUUCAAGGGAAAGACGUGCCCUUGAGGGAGUUUAUCACCAGAUUUAACAAGGAGGUGCCAACCAUCCCAAAUAUAAGUCAGGAGGUAGCGCUACUAGAAAUGCAGAGUGGCUUACUACUAGGAUCACCAUUCAGAGCGUAUAUGGGGCGUAAGAGCCUCAAGACACUUGCUGAAGCGCUAGGUAAAGCGCACGAGUUCAUCAAAGCAGACGAGACUGACAGAGCAAUGCCUGGUAGGAAAGCACCCGGUGACUAA